UAUAUAUGCGAGACUGUUAAUAGUUUUAAUAUAUUUUACGUUUUUAAAUAAUUUUCUGACAUAUAAAUUUUUAAAUAGUAAUACUUCUCAGGUUCAAACUGUUUGAUGCAUAAAGUUCAUGCAUACAAUUUCGUGUAGCAUUUCAUAUAGCAUUAUGUAUUAUAGCCUAAGAAAAACACUUACGUUAAGACUAUAAUGUAUAUAAUGUUGCAAUAUAUUUUUUUAAUUAAAAGCAUCUUAAUUGCACGUAUAUUGUCAUCUUAUCAUAUCAGUGAUAUUAUCACUAUAUUAUCACAUUACCAAAGAAUGAAAGAUAAAGCUGGAUAUAUUUAUUGUGUCUAAAGUAUCUCGUCAUAUCUGUUUGUAUUCAAUGUUGCGAUAUCACUUCGUUGAAAAAUGACGCAAAUGCGACGCUGUACUUGAAAUCCCGUGCAAAACUGUUAUGAUGUGUUAUCAAUAUGCGUUAGAUAACGAACCCCCACCACCCAUUGAGCACGUAUAAAAAGGUGGCUGGGAAUAGAGUAGUUCACAGUUGCACGUCGACGUUGUUAAGUCACGUAGAUAUUCGCUUUAUAGCUGUACUUAAUAACGCCAUAUAGAUAUUCAAAUUCGUAUUAUUCAACAAGCUGCACCUUGCCCUUUUACACGAAUCCACUUCCGUCACGCAAGCAAGUUUAUUAGCAUGAUACACGCAGUCAUCUUGUCGGUGAUAGCCGGCGCUCUAGGCCUCUAUUACUUUCUUCUUAAAGACUUGAGUUUCUUCAAGAAACAUGGGAUACCGUGCAAAACACCGAUUCCCUAUCUGGGUAACAUGGGACCGGUACUCUUUCGUCGACAAUCCAUGAGUGAGCUUGUCAAAUCGACAUAUGACAUAUAUCCUGACGCCAAGUACGUCGGCGUGUAUGAGUUGACGACUCCGCGUGUAGUAAUCCGUGAUCCUGAGCUUAUUAAAUCCAUCACGUUGAAGCACUUUGAUAUGUUCAUGGAUCACAACAGCUUCAUCAAUGAGAAUCAAGACUCACUUUUCGGGAAGAACAUUAUCGUCCUACGUGGAGAACGAUGGCGCGAGGUGCGAUCUAUAUUGAGCCCAGCCUUCACGUCCAGCAAGAUAAAAGGCAUGUUCAAGCUGAUGUCGGAUUACAGUGUCAACUUUGUCAAUUAUCUGGCGCAACUACCUGCGGAGAAGAAGACGAUGGAAAUGAAAGAGAUCUUCGUCAGGUACACCAAUGACGUAAUUGCCUCUUGCGCCUUCGGCGUCAAUGUUGAUUCUAUGAGAAAUCCAGAGAACACAUUCUACGCGUAUGGCAGAGAGGCGAUCGUUGUUAACUAUGUUCUUCUCGUGAAAGCCUAUAUAUUUAGAAACUUGCCUUGGUUGGCACGAAUGCUUCGACUGAGACUGUUUCCUGAAAAAGUUGCAAUUUUCUUCCGAGAUCUCGUGCAGAGCACUAUAAAACUCAGAGAGGAGAAAGGUAUUACUCGACCAGACAUGAUGCAGCUUAUGAUGGAAAGUAGAAACAAGAACGGCAAGACAGUUCUAACUCUCGAUGAUAUGGUAUCGCAGGCGUUCAUAUUUUUCUUUGGAGGCUUCGAAAAUCCUUCGACGUUGAUGUGCUUCAUCGCUCAUGAGAUCGCGGUUCACCCCAACGUACACGAGAGACUUCGAAAUGAAAUCGAUGAAGUUUUGGAAGCUACCAAUGGACAAGCAUCUUACGAAGCAAUCGACAGCAUGGAGUACCUGAAUGCUGUGAUCAACGAGACUCUCAGGAUGUAUCCGGUUGGUUCAAUGUUAGACAGAUUAUGCGUGAAAGACUUCAAGCUACCGCCAACAUUGCCGGAUUCGAAACCGUUUACUAUAAGAAAAGGACAAAGCUUGUGGAUACCGGUCUCUGGGCUUCAUCACGAUCCUAAAUACUUCGAAGAGCCAGAAAAAUUCGAUCCCGAACGAUUUCUCGGAGAGCGUAAGAAGAUUAGUCUCAACUGCGGUGCGUAUCUUCCUUUCGGUUUAGGUCCUAGAAUGUGCCUCGGCAGCAGAUUCGCGUUGAUGGAAAUGAAGAUUUUGUUCUUUCAUCUGUUGGCACGUUGCGACUUGAAGCCUAAUGAAAAGAUGUCGUUACCUCUCACACUCGCCAAGGACGGCUUCAGUAUGAAAGCUGAAGGCGGUUUUUGGCUGGACAUAACAUCAAGAAAGAGUUUGCAUCGCACUAUCGUAACAUAAAUGAGACAUGUGAAUCUUAAAAAAUUGUUUUAAUCAGAUUUAAUUGGAUCUUCAAAAUUCAAAACCAAAGUCGAUGUUUACCGUUAUUUUGUUCUUAGUGUAUGGAAUAAGAAUAAAUAAAAGAUAAAAUAUAGGGUGUCUGACACAAGGCGAAAAAC